UUUAAAUGAUAUCGAACAUAUUGGUAAGAAAAUUAACUUAAAAUUAAAUAAAUCCUUGAUGCAGGAAUACCUACGGUUCGAUAUUAAUUGAUUGUUGUAUAAAUCCGAUAGGAGCUAAUACAAACGGAUGAUGUUACGUUAUUUUUUUCACAAUUCCUAUUCAAAAUUGUACAUAUUUUUAAUAGCAACGAUGAUUCUUUAUACUAUUUAUAGUUUCGAAGAAAAAACCAGCAAUUUUUACAAAAAAGGAUCUAUUAUCUCAAUUAUAAAACAAGAUUAUUUAUAUUUAAUUAAUAAUUCGAAGUGCAAAAUACCAGAGAGCGAUCCGUAUAAUGAAGAUAUCGUUAAUUUUAUUAAAGAAGAAAAAUAUUUUAAAUGCUCGUCAAAACAUCUUCUAACUUAUAUUAGCAAAAAAAAUGAUAUCGUUACGUUAAACGUAAAUCAAAGUUUAUUAGGAGAAUAUAGUAUUUUUAAUGUAAAUUGUUGUUAUUCUAAUAUAACAAGAAUUAAUUACGAAAAAUCAAAUGAUAAUCAAAUCAAGUUAUCUGGCUGCGUUUAUUUCGAAAAUUCAGUAGAAUUAAAAUUUCCUUUCGUAAAAGUGAUAUGUUCGACAUUAUUCUACGAAGUAUACGCUAACGUACACGCAACCACAUUUCCGAUAAAGAAAAAAAAACGAACGCAUUCCGAUUCGAAAUACAGCGUACUACUAUUGGGUAUAGACAGUAUGUCAAAAGCGAAUUUGAAACGGACGAUGCCGAAAACUUACGAACACGUUGAACGUACCAUGGUUAACCUUAAAGGGUAUAAUAAAAUAGGCGAUAAUACAUUUCCAAAUUUAAUGGCCGUACUAUCCGGGUAUUCCAUGGAUCAGUUAUCGAAAUUUUGUAACAAAAAAAUAAAACAAAAUAAUUGCAAAUUUAUUUGGGAUAAUUUUAAAUUUUCCGGUUAUACGACAGCCUACGCCGAAGACGAAUGCAGUAUAUCGACUUUCAAUUACGAUAGACUCGGUUUUUUACAACCACCCACCGAUUAUUAUUACCACCCCUAUUUCAUAGCAGCCGAAAAACUACCCAUCAUCGAAAGAGGUAGAAUGAUUUACUGCGCAGGUCCGGAAACGUCCGGCGAACGUAUCUUGAACGCGGCAAGAGAUUUCUCGAUAACCUUCAACGACACGCCAUCUUUCGGAUUGUUUUGGAGCAAUAGUUUUAGUCACGAUGACGUAAAUAUGCCCGGAGUUAUGGACGAUGCUUUUUUAAAUCUAUUAUCGAAUCGGGAAUUUUUAAUUUCUUUGAAAAAUACGAUUUUAAUUUUUUUUAGCGAUCACGGGUUUAGAUUCGGCGAUAUUAGAUACACUCAUACAGGGUGGUUGGAAGAAAGAUUACCUUUUAUGUAUAUACGAGUUCCGGAUCGUUUUAAAUCGAAUUUUCCGGAAAAAUUCGAUAGUUUAUUAGUGAAUUCCGGUAGGUUAACCACACCUUGGGAUAUUUUUAAUACCCUACAGGAUAUUUUGAAAUUACAAAAUGAUUCGUACGAAGUUUUAAUUAGUCCCGGUUGCCGGUCGUGUCAAUCUUUAUUUCGAGAAGUAAUCGAAAGUAGAAGUUGCGCAGACGCUAAUAUAGAACAGCACUGGUGCACGUGUAACGGCCAUAAUUAUAUCGAUCCGAAUGAUCGGAGAGUCGAAUCGAUAUCUCGGUUCGUCGUUGACGAAGUGAAUCGAUUAAUCGAUACGUUCGAGGACGGCGCGUUGUGUAUGAGAUACGAUUUGAGGAAUGUUAGAAUGUCCGGCGUGUCCGAAUAUUAUUUUAACGGUAAAAAUGAAAGUUCGCGUUAUUUUUUGGUUAUGGUGGAAACGAAUCCGCCGGCUAUGUUCGAGGCUACCGUCGAGGAAGUCGUCGACGGGGAGGAUUUGAGGUUAUUGGGCGAGGUGAGUAGAAUCGAUCGAUACGAACCUGUUACCAGGUGUAUCGAAACAAACGGUUCGUUGAAAAAAUAUUGUUACUGCGAUAGUUGGUGGGCGAGAUUUAAAAAAACGGUUUGGUGAACAUUUUUGACGUAGGAGUCGAAAAAAAGUCGAUUGCGGAACAUAAUUUUGAAUUACGUCACGCGCCAGGAAACGUAUUAUCGCAUUAAUGCGACGUUGUCAGUUCUAAUGAUUUUUCAGUAGAUCUCCUGAUUUAACUCGUUUAAUGCAUUAUUUGAUUUUUUUUCAUUCAUACAGUUUUUUUUAUUACCAUUUGUUUAAUCGGCCGUGUUUUUUUUUUCAAAAAAUUGCGUCGUUUUCCAGGAAAUUUUUUUAUAGAAAUCUUUCGCAAUAAUGCGGUGUUGCCAAAAAAUUCAGUGUUUUAGAGGGGGUUACGUCAUUUUGGUAGAUUUUCGCGUCGAUGCGACGUUGCCAGUUCUAAUGAUUUUUCAGUAGAUCUCCUGAUUUAACUCGUUUAAUGCAUUAUUUGAUUUUUUUUCAUUCAUACAGUUUUUUUUAUUACCAUUUGUUUAAUCGGCCGUGUUUUUUUUUUUCAAAAAAUUGCGUCGUUUUCCAGGAAAUUUUUUUAUAGAAAUCUUUCGCAAUAAUGCGGUGUUGCCAAAAAAUUCAGUGUUUUAGAGGGGGUUACGUCAUUUUGGUAGAUUUUCGCGUCGAUGCGACGUUGCCAGUUCUAAUGAUUUUUUAGUAGAUCUCCUGAUUUAACUCGUUUAAUGCAUUAUUUGAUUUUUUUUCAUUCAUACAGUUUUUUUUAUUACCAUUUGUUUAAUCGGCCGUGUUUUUUUUUUCAAAAAAUUGCGUCGUUUUCCAGGAAAUUUUUUUAUAGAAAUCUUUCGCAAUAAUGCGGUGUUGCCAAAAAAUUCAGUGUUUUAGAGGGGGUUACGUCAUUUUGGUAGAUUUUCGCGUCGAUGCGACGUUGCCAGUUCUAAUGAUUUUUCAGUAGAUCUCCUGAUUUAACUCGUUUAAUGCAUUAUUUGAUUUUUUUUCAUUCAUACAGUUUUUUUUAUUACCAUU